AUGGCAUCCGUCGUAGAGACCCAAACACCACUGACGAGCGCCAAUGGCGGCGUAGCGACCGGAGUCGUACACAAGAACCUGUCGCAAGCAACGCUACGCCCAAACCCGCCCCCCUCGCCUCCUGCAACCGAGACCGAUACCGAGACCGACUCAAACGCCUCGAAUGCGCCGCAACCAACAUCUACCACCACUACUACUACUACUACUACCACCGACCCGUCGUCGUCUCUAGAUCGCCAAAUCGAGGAGGAGAGAGAAGAAGAUGCGCCUGUGAUCUCGCCCGUGACGCCCCCGCCGUACUGGAUCAACAACAAUAGCAACAAUAACAACAACCCGCUCCACGCGAGGGGGGUAUCCUCCGCGUCCGUCGAGUCCCUCCCCGCGGGCGGCAUCACGCUGCUCGACAACGAGAGCAACAGCCUGGACGACCGGGGAAGCGCGUGCUGGGCCAAGAGCGUCGAGAUCACAGACUACGUCACCGUGAACGGCAGCGCGACCAACAUCGGCGCGUUCGUCGUCUGGAACAUUCGAGUCGAGACGUUAAGCGGAAGCUAUAUGAACAUACGAAAACGAUAUUCAGAGUUCGACGACUUCCGGUGGCGCCUCGUGCGCACGUUCCCCAACUUCGAGGCCGCGGUGCCCGAGCUGCCCCCCAAGAGCAUGAUAUCCAAGUUCCGGCCCAAGUUCCUGGAGAGGCGUCGGGCGGGUCUUCAGUAUUUUCUGAACUGUAUACUCCUGAAUCCCGAAUUCUCCGGCUCGCCUGUCCUGAAGGAAUUCCUCUUCUCAUGA